GGCGCUAGCACACACCGACCCAGGGUCCCACAACACUCAGUGGCAGAACUGAGAGGUGGACCGACGUGCUGGUGGGAAUAACCUCAGUCGGUGUUUAUCAUUUUACUCCGGCAAGAUCUUUCACUGCCGUGGAUGGUUCUGGUCCUCAAGUUAACUUUUACUAAGUCAAAAGUGCGCGUGAAUGUUUGCUCCGUCAUCGCCAUUGUUGGCUAACAUUUUCAAGAGCUCGUAAAAUAACUUGACGCUACAAAAAAGAGGUCCUUUGUGACAAUUUAUUUGGUCACAGGCUUGUUGGGAUAUGCAGUGUACAAGUGGUACCUCGCCCGCACCAACAACUGUUGAUACCUGUCACCAUUUUUGUAAAAACGCCAUGAGGCACGGGGAGAUAAACCUCCAAGGGAAAUGCACAAUUUUGAGGAUGAAUUAACAUGUCCCAUUUGCUACAGUAUUUUUGAAGAUCCUCGUGUACUACCAUGCUCUCAUACAUUUUGUAGAAAUUGCUUGGAAAACGUUCUUCAGGCAUCUGGGAACUUUUAUAUAUGGAGACCUUUACGAAUUCCACUCAAGUGCCCCAAUUGCAGAAGUAUUAUUGAGAUUGCUCCAACUGGUAUUGAAUCUUUACCUGUUAAUUUUGCAUUAAGGGCUAUUAUUGAAAAGUACCAGCAAGAAGACCAUCCAGAUAUUGUCACCUGUCCUGAACAUUACAGACAACCGUUAAAUGUUUACUGUCUCCUAGAUAAAAAAUUAGUUUGUGGUCAUUGCCUUACCAUAGGUCAACAUCAUGGUCAUCCCAUAGAUGAUCUUCAGAGUGCCUAUCUAAAAGAAAAGGACACACCUCAAAAACUGCUUGAACAGUUAACUGACACACACUGGACAGAUCUUGCUCGUCUUAUUGAAAAGCUGGAAGAACAGAAAUCUAAUUCAGAAAAAAUGGUUCAAAGUGAUAAGGAACUUGUUCUCCAGUAUUUUAAGGAGCUUAGUGAUACAUUAGAACAGAAAAAAAAAAUUUUCCUAGCUGCUCUUUGUGAUGUUAGCAAUCUGAUUAAUCAAGAAUAUACUCCACAAAUUGAAAGAAUGAAGGAAAUGAGAGAGCAGCAACUUGAAUUAAUGACCCUGACAACAUCUUUACAGGAAGAGUCUCCACUUAAAUUUCUUGAAAAAGUUGAUGAUAUCCGCCAACAUGUGCAGAUUUUGAAACAAAGACCACUUCCUGAAGUCCAGCCUGUUGAAAUUUAUCCUCGAGUAAGCCAAAUAUUAAAAGAAGAUUGGAACAGAACAGAAAUUGGACAAAUUAAGAAACUUCUCAUUCCUGAAAUGAAAAUUUCUUCAAAGAGGAUGCCAUGUUCCUGGCCUGAUAAAGAUGAAAAUGAAGUUGAAUUUUUUAAGAUUUUAAACAUUGUUAUAGUUACUUUAAUUUCAGUGAUACUGAUGUUGAUCCUCUUUUUUAACCAACACAUAAUAACCUUUUUAAAUGAAAUCACUUCAGUAUGUUUUUCUGAAGUCUUUCUAUCUGUUUACCAAAGUUUAUCUAACAAUCUGCAUGAUUUAAAGAAUAUGCUAUGUCACACUUUAUAUUUACUUAAGGAAUUCCUGUGGAAGAUACUAGUUUCUCGUUGAAAAUCCAAAUCUGUAUUAAAUAGGCUUAUUCUGUACAGCAGACUAAACCAUUAUGAAAGGGAGAGUAGGGUAGGAUGGCUAAAUAAAAUAGCAAACUGAGUUAUUACAACAAAUAUAUAGAAAUCUGUUAAAACAUCCAUGCUGCUUAGAUGGUGGAAAUGUCAGAAAUGAUAACAUAAGGUGUCUAAACCAGAAUAUCUAGUUAACUUGAUUUAAUACAUUAUCCCAUUUUAUUUGCUUGAGGUUGACUUUAUGGCUGUGAUGUUGAAAUAUUUCUGUACCAAUACAGUCUUUUAGCAUUAUUCUUCUUAGUAUAUUACUGCAGUGGUUAGUCUUGCAGUUCUUUAUGUAUAUGUAGUUUUUAGAUUAAAGAUGGCAAAAUCCUAAUUUUGCCACAUAUGCCUUUGAUGCGGCUUGAAGCCUUUGGCCAAAUAAGGAUGGUGAGUAGAGGUUUUAAAUUCAAGCAGCAGUCUAAAAGUACUGAGGGAUUGUUUACAUUAAGGAUAUUUUUGACUUUGACCAAACACACCUGAUACAUUGAUAUAUCUUAGAUUUAAGAGCCCUACAGUGUUCAUCAGCAUUCAUUCCUGACGAAGCUAUUGCUUUUGGAGAUUUAAGUGUUAGGGAACCAACAGUGACCUUUUCAAAUGGUUUUAUGGUUUGUGCAAAUUGGACUUUUUGGUCAGGGCUUCAGUCUUGCCAAAUUACUUCUUGGAUAAAAAUUAAAAACAUGUUACUGGCAUAGUAUGUUGUUGAUGUAGUCCAUCCACAUUAGAUUUAGGUGGCAUCAUGUAAAUUGUAUUUGUCUUAAAAAAUUUUUUCUGCCAUUUGCUUAUGCUUAUAUCAAGGUAUCAGUUUAAUUUUCUUGAAUUUUGCUUACAUGGCAGCCUUUGUAGCUACUGAGAUCUCUUCAAUUAGUUCCCUAUUGUUAACAGGGACUGGAAUUGUGGUGCUUGUGGUAGGACUUUUGGCCCUUUUGUCACAUGGAAACGUAAGUAAAUGUCACUUGUUUUCUAGAAAUUCCAAAUUGCUGCUCUUGGGAUCUAUUUCCUAGGAGCCCUACCUAGUUCAGAGAUUGUCAGGUCAUAUUAGGGAAUGUUCUAGGUCCUCUAUUACAUAUAAAUUACAAUGAAUUAAAAUGGAUAUAGUUCUAAAAUGCUCCUACUGUCUUAUCUACUGAGAAUGUCUUAACACAAAAAUGGCUGGCUGAUUUAAGUCAAAUUAAUGACCAGAAUCAGAAUAUAUCUAGCACAAUCACCGGUGUGGAUAAAGAACAUUUGGAGAUAUUAUUUUUUUUCAUUUGGAGAUUAUUAAUAGAGGUCUGUGUGUGGGGAUGAAUACUAAGGUAUUGAAUAUAAAUACAACAUUAACUUUACACUGAAUAUUAAUAUUCAGCUAAUAACCAGGUAACUAAUACUGUAUAUUUUAAAGCACUGAAAUACAAAAUUAACUUUAGACUGAGGUGGUUUAGUGUCAAUAUAAAAAUGAUAAGCACUGAAAUUUGUUAGCUAUUGUGUGCCAAGCACUUAAGUUUCUGAAGUAGAUACUAACUUUUAUUUUUGUAGGUAAGGAAACAGAACCAAAAGUAAUUUGCCCAAGGCCAUAGAGCCAGCAUAUGGGAAAUUCUGUGUAUGUUCAGAGUUCCUGCUGUCAUGCUACCAAAACUUUAAGCCAAGUUUUUUAUUUAGUUAGGGCUAAUCUACGUCUAAGAAUCAAUUAUAGCUAAAAAUUGAAGCAAUACUUAUUAAUACAUUUUUAGGUUUGACAUUACCAUUUUGUAAAUUGCCAGUUAGUAGACAAAACUACGAAUUUUAUGUGGUGCAUGAAUAUAGUUAAUACAGAUAACCAAUUCUUAAUACAUGCUGUUCUGUUCUGUGAUUUUUACCAGGAGGAUGAAAUUGUAAAAUUUAAAGUAUAUAAUCUUGAAAUGUUUCUAAAUUUGGUGUAACUAUAUAUUUUAAUAAACUUAUUUUGCUA